GUGGUGGGUCGGAGCCGCUCAGUCCCGGUCCGGCACGUUCCUGGCCCAAUUCUCCACCGUGCAACAUUAGAUCCCCCCCAUUCCCCUUUCUCCUCAUCUCACAAAACCCCCCCUGCAGCCGCCUCGGUCUCCGCACCCAGCGGCGCCAGACACCUCGGAAGAUGGCGGUGGUGAGCGGGACAGCUCCGGCGGUCGCCCGGCUGGAGGGCCGGGAGUUCGAGUACCUGAUGAAGAAGAGGUCGGUGACCGUGGGCCGGAACUCCUCGCAGGGCUCCGUGGACGUCAGCAUGGGCCACUCCAGCUUCAUCUCGCGGCGGCACCUGGAGAUCUUCACGGCCGCCGGGGAGGACGGCGGUGCCGGUGCCGGUGCCGGGGACUUCUACCUGCGCUGCCUCGGGAAGAACGGGGUGUUCGUGGACGGGGUGUUCCAGAGGAGAGGGGCCCCCCCGCUGCAGCUCCCGCGCAUGUGUUGCUUCCGCUUUCCCAGCACAAGUAUAAAGAUCACCUUCACAGCCCUGUCCAGCGACAGGAAGGAGUCCAGGAACGUGCCCGAAUCACCGGUCAAGCCUGUUCAGCCCCAAAUUUCCCCGCUGACUAUCAACAUUCCCGACAACAUAGCCCACCUCAUGAGCCCGCUGCCCUCGCCCACCGGCACCCUCAGCGCUGCAAACUCCUGUCCAUCGAGUCCACGGGGGGCGGGGCUCUCUAGCUACAGAGCCAGCCGGGUUCUAACCUCUGACCUCAUAGGAGACAACUCCCAACCCGAGAACGACAAGGAGGCGUCGGGGGAGGACAGCCCCAAGGACGACUCCAAACCCCCGUACUCGUAUGCACAGCUAAUAGUCCAGGCGAUCACUAUGGCUCCAGACAAGCAGCUCACGUUGAACGGAAUAUACACCCACAUCACAAAGAACUACCCCUACUACAGAACGGCUGAUAAAGGCUGGCAGAAUUCGAUCCGCCACAACCUGUCCCUCAACCGCUACUUCAUCAAAGUGCCCCGCUCCCAGGAAGAGCCCGGAAAAGGCUCCUUCUGGAAAAUCGACUCGGCCUCCGAGGGGAAGCUGGUGGACCAGGCCUUCAGGAAGCGCCGGCCCCGCGGCGUGCCCUGCUUCCGGACCCCCGCCGGCCCGCUGUCCUCCAGGAGCGCCCCGGCUUCUCCCAACCACACAGGGGCGCUGUCGGCCCACUCCAGCGGGGUCCAGACUCCAGACAGCCUGUCCAGAGAGGGGUCCCCAGUUCCCACGGAGCCGGAGUCCAGCCAGCCCCCCCCGCCCACCCAGACCGCCACGGCGCCGCCCAAACUCGCUGUAAUUCAAGAGGCUCGGUUCACGCAGAACUCUCCCGGUUCCCCCCUCGGCAACCAGCCCGUGUUGAUCGCCGUGCAGCGCCAGAUGCCUCAGACGACCAUCAAGCCUGUCACCUACACCAUGGCAACGCCGGCCAUCGUAACGACAUCGGUCAGCUCCGCCCCCGGCAUGCAGACGGUGCACGUCGUCCGCCAGAUCCCGGCUGUCACCAUGGCAACGGUGGGCGGGCAGCCCGCUUCCACGGUCGGCCCCAAGCCCCAGGAGAACGGAGGAGGAGAGCACCAGGAGAUCAAAGUAAAAGUGGAGCCGAUCCCAUCCAUCACAGCCUCCUCUAUAGGUGGAGUCGGCCGCAUCAUCCAGAGCACCCAGGCGGCUCCCCUGACAACGGUCACCAUCGUGCAGCAAGCCCCACUCGGUCAGCACCAGCUUCCAAUCAAGGCCAUCACCCAGAACGGGACGCAUCUGGUUCCCAUCAGCACAGCUGCCUGCUCAGCAGCUAACCCUCUCCAUCUCCUGGCGACUCACGCCUCGGCCUCGGCUUCCCUCCCCACCAAGAGGCAGAACGGGGAGCUGCAGGAGCCGCCCGAGUCCAAGAGGGUGAAGGUGGAGGCGGAAGAGGCCGGCGGGGCGGCAGCUGCCGGCGGCAACGCCAGCAACAACAACGGCACCACGGACACAACUGUAGAGGCCGGUGACAAGUAGCCCCCCCCCCAACACUCGGCUCUCAGACAUCCCACAGCCCCCACCCCGACCCUCCGUACCACCCAGUGUCAUCAUCUUCUCCAAGGUGCCAAAAAGAAACGGACUACAGAAUGUGCAACCCCCCUCCCCCCCACGACACACACACCUCUCUUCCGCCUAUUUAAGACCACGAAAUACGAUGCAAAAACUCAAGACCAAAUUGAACGUGUUGCUGAUGACUGUGAAUCCACUACACCUGAAACCCAGAUAGCAAGAAGAAGCUUGGAGAGGAGAAGGAAAGAAGUUUAAAAAUAAGUUUUAAAACAUCCAGGAGACAAGCACUAUCUUAUUUCACAAGUCUGGAAGAGGGCUCUCGUCCCUGGUAGCAUUACAGAGAGGCGCCACGGUGCGUGUCGGAUGGAAGCAAUCAAAAGGCAGCGUCACCAGUAGUGUAUUCCUCAAAGGGAAGUGUGCGUGGACAUUCCCAUCUCCGGCAGCUAGCCUCCAUGUUGACCUCCCCAACCCAGUGGUGAGUAGAAACGCAGUAUUCUGCCGUAUCCCAGUGUUUCCCAAGGCACAGAUACUAUCUAGUAAUAAUUAAAGACAACUAAAUACUGUAAGUGGGGUCUCCAAGAACAUUUAAACAUCUCAACAUGGUAUUUUUGGGAAUUUUUUUCGUUGUUGUUGUUGUUUUUUUGUAUGUGGACUCUCUUUGGUGAAAUGAAUGUAGUCUUUCUUUCCUUUAAAGAAAACACUAUCGAGUGGAUGCUUUUUUUUCUGCUCAUUGAUGCAAAAGACAUUUCUUUAUCACUGUACAUCAGAUUUUUUUUUUCUUUUCAUAUUUUACAAAUAUCCUAUGAAAUAAAAAGUAUAUUCCCGUGUGUAUUUGACCGUAUGCGUCAUCGAGCUUGCAUGUUAAGGAUGUAGAAUCAAAUGUACCAGAGCAGAUGAUAUGAUUAUGGAACUGAAGAAAAAUGAGACUGAAUCUACGCUCUGCGACUCUGACCAGUGCUGCACUUAACUUCUUUUUUUUAUUAUUGUUACAUUUUUUAUUUGUUACCCCGUCAUCAACGGCUGUUUGUUACUUUCUGUUGGCAGUAUCUCUGCUUGAUCCUUUUAUUCUGUUGCGACCAUUUAAAAAGUCUAUUCAGAUUGUAUUCUAUGUCACACAAAGAAAACAAGUGAUAGAUGUUUGUUCUGCUUAAGUGGAAAAAAAAUGCAUUUUCUUUUCUUUUUUUUUAUAAAUUUAUUUAAAACAGAACUUUUUAGUUUGUAUUUCAUUUAGUAAAUGGUUUCUCCGCUGAGCAAACGCAAACUUCUGUCUGUUAUUUCUUUUUCUUUGCGGGGAUUUCUGUUUUUCAGAAGCAUUCCUCACAGGUGGGAAUAUUUCAAUUAAAGCCACCCUAUGUAGUAAUACCACCUCUGGCCAUCUGGUGGCAUCAUGUUGGGUCACUGGCCAGGGGGCUACUACAUCUGGACGCUCAGUAAAGAGUGACAGGCCGGGAUUUGAACCUGCACCUCCUGCAGGAGGGCGAUAGGCUCUGAAUAUGUUGCCCCGCUCGACAGACUGAGCUCUCCGGGGCCCCAAGACCCUGUUUUGACCUUUGAGGCCUGAAUAAAAUCUUACUUUAAA